AUGCCAACCUACGCCGCGACACUUCCCCUUGAUGCGGUUAUGGUGGCGGCGCAGAGCCAAAAGACAGUCCGAGCUGCGUUGACAGAGCCCGUGCUUGCACCGGUGGAGGGGAAGGGGUGCCUGUACAGGGCGCUGUCGUGUAUCGCUGCCACAAGUCAAGCUAAGCUCACUGAGCGCUUCGCAACAACGUCCAUUCCACUGGGAGUGCACCUCGAUGUGGUGGUAGUGGCAGGCAUGAGAAACCUUUCCAAUGCGCUGCUGGUGCUGGUGCUGCGUCGAUAUGCCGCCGAAGGGGUGCUUCGAGAAGUCGUAGAAGACUUGAUGCGAAGCACAACAGUCGAGACAGCGGAACGUCAGAGGAUGAGGAAGUGA